AUGGAUGUGGAAGAUUUGGUGGAAAAUCCCCUUCAGAAGAAGGAAAAACACUGGGCAUCCCUGUGGCCCAGUGUCAUCCAUGAACUGCAGAAUGGUGUGAGGCUGCGCAAGGCCACUGAGCGACCACAGAGUCACGUGCCUCCAAAAGAAUGUGUGUGCUCUCCCUAUGAAUUACUUUUGGAUGAUAUUCAGCACAAGAGGUACACCCUUCGGAAGGUGAUCAUCGAGCAAAAACGCAGGACCCCCACAAUUGAUGUAGCUGCUCCCAAGCCUCAUCUAAAGCCUGUAGAAAUGCUUGUGACACCAAAUAUUGCCUUGAAAUAUCCAAGUGAUAAUUUCUUAACUCUCCAAGAUGCCAGUGCAGAGUUUAAAAUUGUCAACGCUACAACACAGCAGCUGGGACCAGGAGUUCACGAAACCACUCCCAAGCUGCCUUCCAGCACCUGGCUUACUUCAGCCAGGUCAGCAGGAGUAUCCUGCACAGGUCUCGCUACAAAUUGCGCACGUCCUCCCACGAGUGCAUCUACACUAGGAGACAUUAAACCUGAUCAUUUCCUGAAUGCUGGUCAACGGCAGCUGCCUCCUUACAGAGGAAGAUCCAAAUCUUUAGAGAGAGGCCUUCAAAGCAAGGAGCUUGACUGUCCCUUUGCUACCAAGUGGCCAUCACCAACCAUUGCUGAGCUGAUUGGAACCAGAUAUGCAAUGAUGGUGCAGGAGGUGCAAGGCCUCCAAGGAGGCGGUGAUGGUGUCUUUCCAAGAGCAAAGUUAUGUUUCAGCUGCCAUAAGCAGAUGUUUCUUAAGUGGCCUUACAGCUGUUACCUCUGCAGCAGUGUUGUCUGCUGCAACUGCUGCACCAAGAUGUCCAUGCCCUUCAGAACAUGUGUACAUCUCCCACUUCACUUCCUAAAACUUCUGAGACUCUCCAGAGAGGAGGACCCAGCUACGCAAGAGCAAAAGAACUCAGAGAUGGUGCAUGAAAUAGAGCACUGGGAAUGUUUGGGUGUACCCGUUAUUUUGGAACCCCAUUGCCUAGCACAGCCUCUGUGCUGUUACACAGGGACUCUGGCAGACUGGCUGACCACAGACAUCUGUACACGAUGCGAGCAGUAUCUGUUAAGCAUGGCUUCCAGUCAACAGCAAAGCAUCCCUCUCAGGAGAAUUUCCUGGCCUUGAACCAAACUGGAAUGACUCUGCCAUACAUUUCUCCUGUCACUUGUUCUGUACCUGAAGUAAAUGAAACAGCUUUAUGCACCUACUGACAUAAAGGCCUGAAUAAAAGACCUCCCUGCUGGUUAGUCUAAGCGGGAAGCACAGUUAGUAUUUAUGUAUUGUGAAGUAUUAUAAAACUUUGUGGUUUUUAGAACUCUUUUAAUUAUUUUUAUGUGUCUUUGGGGAAAAUAAAUGUUGAAGCACU